GGGCAUUCCAUUUGAUUCCACUAUUGACGGGUAAAGCCAGAAGUGCUUAUGUACAUAUGGAUGUGGAUGCAUCAAUGGACUAUGAUCAUGUUAAAGCUGCUAUUUUGCAGAAAUAUGAAAUAAGCAGUGAGACUUAUCGUCUGAGGUUCCGUUCUCUUCAAGUUGAACCAAAUGAGUCCCCCAGAGAACUCUUUGUGAGACUAAAGGAGCUCUAUGGGAGAUGGGUCAGACCCAGAGGUAAGACCAUUGAUGAAAUUAAUGAAACAAUAAUCCUUGAACAGUAUUUCCGAAUGCUAUCGCCAGAACUCCAAGUUUGGAUCAAGGAGCGUAAUCCAAGGGACGCAGCAGAGGCAGUUUCUUUGGCAGAUGCGUUUGUGGCAGCCCGUCGAAGGAACCAAUCAUGGGCUUAUAAGGCUAUGAAAAAGGAUUAUACCCCUGCGCCAGGUAACACCAGUCCGACAGAGAAUGUUGGUAAGCCAUGUGGAAGGGAGAAAUAUUUUCCCAGUCAAACAAAAAAUCUGGGGCGGAAACCUGUCUGUUAUUUGUGUGGGAAAGAAGGCCACACAAAACCGGUGUGUCCACAAAAUCCAGCUAAACUCUCCCAGAUGUAUUUUGUGCCCAGAGGGAACCAUGCCCCAAACCCAAUGAACCAGCUGUUGGUGGAGACCACAGUGGAGAUAGAUGGACAGAAAGUUAAGGCUCUGAUUGACACAGGAAGCACCCAGUCACUGGUUCAUCGCAGAUGAGGGACAAGCUGGAGAAGAUGACCACCUUGGCUCAGGAGCAUAUGAAGGUCUCCCAGCAAAAACAAAAAACCUGGUAUGACAGAACUGCUCGAGAGCGGCAUUUUGAACCAGGUCAAAAAGUUUUGGUUCUACUACCCACUGAAGACAGUAAGCUUUUGGCUCAGUGGCAAGGACAUUCAAAAGCUCGGUCCCACGACCUAUAAAGUCUGUAGUCCAGGUGAGAAGCGUAGUACCAGAGUCCUCCACAUUAAUCUCCUGAAGGAGUGGAUUUCAAGGUCUGAGGAAAGGGAGAAACAAGAUGUUUUUCUCAUCAGAAGUGUGACAGAAGAGGAGGUGGAAGAACAAUACCUCCCUCUACAGGUGACUUCUGGGCUUGACCUGAGCCAUCUGUCCCCUGAGCAGCAGUCACAGGUGAGGGCCAUCUGUAAUGCCAAUAUUUUUCAAGAUAAUCCUGGGUGUACAGACUAUAUCAAACAUGAAAUUCUUUUGAAAGGAGAUGCAGUGGUAAAACGAAGGAGCUACAGGAUCCCUGAGCGCCUCUUGGGGCCUUUAAAGGAGGAAAUUGAGUUGAUGCUAUC